UGUUGGCGUCACAUCCAUUUAUGAACACACGCCUGAUUCGGGCGAGUUAGCUAACAAGUGUUAGCAAUUUGCUGUACUAUAGACCUAAAAUAUUUCUAUUCAGAACAUGCAACACUGUUGUGACGAGGCUUCAAGGUUAAGAUAAUGGCGGCUCCCAAUUCUGCUCAGAGGCGAGCCUGCUGGGAUGCCAGGGACAAAUUCUGGAAGUGUCUCGAUGUCAACGAUGACAAUACGGCCGCGUGUGAGCAGUUCCAGAAAGACUUCCAGGCAAGCUGUCCUGCCCAGUGGGUGAACUAUUUUAAUAAAAGGAGAGACUUCUUGAAGUACAAGGAGAAGCUUCAGUCGGAGGGAUUUGAGCCCACAGAUCAGUCAUCGAAACUAUAGCUGCUGCUCAGCCGACCAAGGAGGAUUCAGAAGGACUCUGAUGAAAUUAUGACUAACAGGGGCCUCAGCAGGUGACAAAAAUGUGCAUCCUUUUUCAACUGUUUUGACAAAUGUAAUCUUCGCCAUAUAUUUAGCCCAGAUGGUUCAUCUCAGAUAUUUGAGGGUUUCUGAGAUUUUAUAACCAGUGAUAUGUUAUUUUCUUGAUAGAUGACAUUUGUGAGUGAUGUAAAUGUGAUUGUGUGUUUUUUUGCGAUUAAAUGCUGCAGCAAGUCACUUAACAUUCUAUGGAUUAUUCAAGCUAUUCUCUGAACACACAUUAUCAGUCUGUCUGCAUGUUAUAAAAAUCAGGGAAUAUGCAGUUGAUGCAUUGAUCCAGAGAAAGCCUAGCCUGCUCUUUUUUGUUGAGAAAAUGACUCAAGAAAGACCGUGCCUCAUCAACGG